GGGGGGGAUUUGGGCAUAUGCUUUGUCCUCGCCCCGCAGUACGGCACGCAAACUGGAGCACGGACACGGGCUCCUCGCACAGGAGAAGGGGGACAAAACCUGCAUGGCUUGAUAGUCGAGCGGGCGUGCUUUUGUAAUAAAAAGAGGAAAAGGAGGAGAAAGGGGGGGUGCUGCUCCCGAAAUCAGACGACAACCGACACCAGAGAGGACGGAACGGCGCGGCGCGACCGAAGGUUCUAGAGGUUCUCCUGUUCCAGAGGCAAAAUGAGCUGGAGCUUCCUCACACGUCUGCUGGAUGAAAUUUCCAAUCACUCCACCUUCGUGGGGAAAAUCUGGCUCACCCUCCUCAUCGUCUUUCGCAUCGUACUGACGGCAGUCGGGGGCGAGUCGAUCUACUAUGAUGAACAGAGUAAAUUUGUGUGCAACACACAGCAACCCGGUUGUGAGAACGUGUGCUACGACGCGUUCGCGCCGCUGUCGCACAUUCGCUUCUGGGUCUUUCAGGUGAUCAUGAUCACCACCCCCACCAUCUUGUACCUCGGCUUCGCCAUGCACAAGAUCGCCCGCAUGGAGGACGAGGACUACCGGCCGCGGAGCAGGAAGAGGAUGCCCAUAGUGAGCCGUGGUGCCAACCGGGACUACGAGGAGGCGGAGGAUAAUGGGGAGGAGGACCCCAUGAUCCUGGAGGAGAUUGAGCCAGAUAAGGAAAAGGAAGUCGUGGAGAAGCCCAGCAAAAAGCACGACGGACGCCGUCGCAUCAAGAGAGAUGGCCUAAUGAAGGUCUAUGUGUUCCAGCUGCUAUCACGGGCCAUCUUCGAGGUCUCAUUCCUGUUUGGACAGUACAUCCUUUAUGGGCUAGAGGUGGCGCCGUCCUACGUUUGCACACGCUCUCCCUGCCCGCACACAGUCGAUUGCUUCGUCUCGCGUCCCACAGAGAAGACCAUCUUCCUGCUCAUCAUGUAUGCCGUCAGCGCCUUGUGUCUACUCUUCACCAUGCUAGAGAUGCUCCACCUCGGCAUCAGCGGUGUUCGCGACUGCUUUUGUGCACCGCGGCCUCGGCCCCCCACCCCCCGUCCCCAGGAACUGGCCAGCCAGAGGUCCUCCAUCUGCCGCCAGCCCUCGGCGCCUCCAGGCUACCACACAACUGUGAAAAAGGACCCAACGGGUAAAAUGGGCUUUAGGGAUAACCUGGGAGACUCUGGCCGCGAGUCGUUUGGGGACGAGGCGUCGUCGCGGGAGCUGGAGAGGCUGCGCAGACACCUGAAGCUGGCCCAGCAGCAUCUGGACUUGGCUUACCAGAAUGAGGAAAACAGCCCGUCACGCAGCAGCAGCCCAGAGUCCAACGGCACUGCAGUGGAGCAGAACAGACUAAACUUUGCCCAGGAGAAGCAGAGCAGCACAUGUGAGAAAGGACUCCGUGCAUAGGUCGUCAUCAGCGGAACACUUCACAUCACGAGCAGUGAGCGCACAUAAGGGAAUCAAACGAGGCAUGUGUGGGAUGUCAAUUUGCUUGAAGUGGAUGAAGUCAGCUCAAGCCUUCCAGUGUUAGGGGCCCUCCGCGGCCGAGCAUUGAGUCAAACGAGGAGGAAAAUGGUCGUCUCAACCCAGCAAUACUUGAGUCACCAGCCUGUCUGAAGAUCCAAAGUGCUUACAAACUACCGUUGUGCAACAAGAAUGGUUAAGGUUAACUUCUCCCUCAGGGCAGCUAUUCCUUUUUUUCAUUAUUCUUUUUAUUUUAAGACGUAGAGCUAUUAGUCCUUGUUUCUUCUUUUAAAGAGUUUGAUCUCUGUGGGAAGUUCACAGUGAGUACAUCUCAAGUUUGCCUUAGACCAAAACUGGAACGCCGCAUGACAUUUUGUAUGGCCAAGCCAGUUGUAGUGCAAAACAUGUUUAAACCUUAAGAGUUGAAUUUUGUAUUGUGUGAGGAGCUGAAUCAGUGAGUGCUUGUAAAUGCAAAAAAAAAAAAAAAAAAAAAGGUUUACGUACAGGGCACCGCUCAUCAAAGAAAGGUACUGGAUGUUUGACAUGCUGACGGAGACUUUCAUACAAAGGUUUCUUUGAAGUGUCAUUUUUUUUCCUCUUCCACAAUGUUGGUACUGCACCAGUCAACAUUUCCAAGUCUGGUGCAUGGUAUAAUAACUGGAACACACUUGGGGGUGCCUUUGUCCAAAGGAAUAAAAAACCUGGGUAAUGCUUGAAAACAUGUAACUCUUGAUAUUGUAUUGUUUUAAACGUAUUUGAUACUGUUCUUUAUUUUUGUAAUAGUUAGAGUAUUGUGGUAUUGAAAAUAGGCCUGCGUCACUGUGGCCAACAUUUUAUUUUUCUCUCUUUUUGUUUUGUUUUUUUAGUCUAAGAAUGACAUUCACAACUGUCUUAGCUCCUCAAAGUGUUAUUCAAUCGAUGGACUAGUGCACUCUUCAAAUGGUUCGGGAAUAUUCAGUUCUACUGCAACAGUUUUUCUCUUUUUAGUAAGAGGAUCUUUAAAAAAAAUCUCAAUUCAUUUAUUUUAAUAGGUGCACAUCAUCAUUGACCAGCAAAUGUUUCCUUUUUCAGUUACGGACCCAAAUUUCAUUAUAUCGUUUAAAUAAGGGAUAAUACUGUGUUUCAUGUUCUUUGUCUGAAAGUGCUGAUUUUGGGGUUAGUGUUAUGACAUUUCCAGAGUCUCGAUAAGGGUAGUAAAUGAUGUAAUCAUUUAAAUGUGAAUCCAAUUGCCUGAACGCUCUAAUAAGAUGCCAUCUUUUGUAUUCUGACUCAUACCCACAGUGCCAUUAGUGCCAACUCCAAUAUGGUCAUCUCAAGUUAUUGUUGAGCUAUGCUUUUUGUACUUUUUGUACUUUUGUAUUGAUAGUACUUUUAUGGUUAGUCCUUUUAUAUUAAAUUUUUUCACCGAA